AUGCUUCAGCGUCCUGAUCAUACUCUUCUGCAAGACCCUUCGUAUCCGAAGGAUAUCGAGCAGAAGCUGACGGAGAAUGGUCCAGCACAGGAAGGCAAGCAGUUGUUUAAGCCGGAUCCCGCCGUGAUUGAUCCGCAGCUAAGCGAGGCCGUCUCUCUGGGCACAACAAUUCUUGCUGUCUCGUACAAAGGUGGUGUUGUUCUUGCCGCUGACUCGCGCACUUCAUCCGGCACAUAUGUCGUGAAUCGUGCCAGCAACAAGCUGACGAAGCUGACGAAGAAGAUUUACUGCUGCCGAAGUGGUUCUGCCGCGGAUACACAGGCUCUUGCUGAGCGUGUCUCGAACUACCUUGGUAGCUAUCAAACCGAUAUCGGCGCAGACGUGAAUGUUGCCACGGCAGCGAAUCUGUUUCACAAGAUGUGCUAUGUGAACAGGUGGAACAUCUCGGCGGGCAUUAUCGUCGCUGGGUACGACCUGAUCAACGGAGGGUCGGUGUACAGCAUCCCAUCUGGCGGGUCGUGCGUGAAGCUCGACUACGCACUUGGCGGCAGCGGCUCCAUUUUCUUGUAUUCGUUCUUUGAUGCCAACUAUAAACCGGAUAUGUCAAAGAGCGAGUGCGUUGCCUUCUGCCAGCGCGCUGUCGCGCACGCGUACAGCCGCGACGGCUCCAGCGGCGGUCUGAUUCGUACGAUUACCCUCGACGCUGACGAGCCAGAGGACCAGACAGUCCCGUGGAACCGGUCACCCUACUGCAUGGAGAAGGAUCCCAAAUAUCAGGUGCAGGCCGUGCUGAACCCGCCCUUCAGCAGCAGCGCGAAGAUUACUGGAAAUCGGAUGUCUUCGACAGUGUGA